AUGAACAACGAAGCUCCAUCCAAAAGCCCUCAGAGCAACGGCGGCAGCCCCGAGGAUUGCCGUCCCCAACAAGACCAAUCACCACCAACGACGAAAGAUCCACCCGACGGAGGCAACGGCAAGUUGAAAAGCAACGAUAGUGACACAUUGAUGCAUACAAUCAAGGAACAAGAACGGAUUGGCCGAAUGAAUCCUGCUAUCGCAUUGGCCUUCAACAACACCUCUUCUGGUGCGCUGGAUACCUCCCCAAAAGGCAGCAAGUCGAGUAACAAGCAGGUGCGAACGACUGCUUCUCCAGCAAGAAAGCAGAAGGCUGAGAUCAAAAAUGGCCCCAAAAGCAACUCCACAACUGAUGAUAGGCAGCAUCAACAAACCAGUAGAACUGGUAAUGAUUGGAUGAAGGAAAUCAAAGAACAGGAGAGAAUAACACGACAGAACCCUGCAAUAGGAUUGGCAUUGAACAACAACACCUCACAUGGAUCACUGCCACCCCCUGCAGCAGCAGCAGCCAGCAGAAAGCACACAACACGAACAUCCACUCCAGCCACCGCCACCCAAAUUGACAACGCUGGGAUUGAGUCUACCGGACAGAAGAAAAAUGGAGCCCCAAAGGAGACACCACCAACACUUCCACAACCUGGAACAUACCCAGAGAAAAUGGAGACUACUAUGAAUUCUGCACAUAUUGCACUCUCCGCAAUGAAAGCCGCCAGGUUUGAAAAUUUCCAAAGCAGUGGCCAGCUUUCAUUUUUGCCCAAGAAAUCAUUCACAGCCAAUAAUGGUAGUAGUGUUACAUCGCCAACAUUUCCACAACCUACAAGAACACACCCAGAGAAAAAGGAAAAGGGAGAGUCAUAUUUGAGCCACAGCCCAGAUGACCCGAUGAAAGCCAUUGUCAAACGGUCAAGGCAACCGGAUCCUGUCCCAGACCCAGUCAUGACACUUGAUGCGUCCGCUCCAACCAGCGAGACUACUGCAACCAUCGGCACUGCAAAUGGAGAGGUGUUCCGAGAGGAAGAGGAUGAUAGCAUCACCUACAGCCGACAAGCCAAAAAGCGCAUUGCAGGUCCUGUUCAGCCCGGAGCCUUUGGAGCAGCUCCAGGUAUGCAACCAACCCGAGUUGCAUCCCUUCGAUAUUGCAGUCCUGCACAGCCAGAGCCUGAUGAUUCCCAACACAAUCCCUACCAGAUCGCGGAUACCCCUCAUGAUCCAACAACCCUCCCUGUCUUGACAGAGGCGGGAACAAGAACAGCUAUGGGAUUGGUUGAAGCCAGAGCUGUCACAGAAUCGACCAGCACCAUUUUUGGCCGAGCGGACAGUUAUCGUGGGCCCACGGCAGAUGAAGCACAGCAAAAUAGAGAACAGAAGAAGUACUACUACGUGGGCACUAUUCUUUGUAUGGCGCUUGUGCCAAUUAUCAUUGUACUCAUUCUGUUGUGGUCUGGAGUCUUUGAUAAGGCCACCAAAGAUUCUGUUGUGAUCUCUACGGAAGCACCAUCCAAUGCUCCAUCUGGAAGCCCAACAAUAGCACCUACUCCAUUCUUUCUUCCACUGCCAGAGUACACUGUUGACACACUGCAAAAUGGUCCUUUAGAUUCACCUCAAGAAAGAGCCUACAGAUGGAUCCAAGAUGAUCCCAACUUUGAGGAUUAUUCGGAUGCGCAAAAACAACAACGGUUUGCCCUGACCACGAUCUACUAUGCUACAAAUGGUGAGGCCUGGGAUAUCAAUGAAAACUGGCUCUCUUAUGCUGAUCAUGAGUGUCUCUGGCAAACAAAGGGGGUGGGUCUACUUGGUGAUGGAAUGACAAGGCACUGUGAUCCUGGUGGAAACUUCCUCUACCUCUAUUUGACCAAAAAUGGGCUUUCCGGAAGCCUCCCCCCAGAGUUCUUGACAGGAACCAUCCCAACUGAGAUUGGCAGAGUGACUGACUUGGAAUCCCUAUACCUUCAUGCGAACCAGCUCACUGGGGAAGUGCCAUCUGAGAUUGGACAGCUGACUCUUUUGGAGCGGCUCUGGGUUCAAAAUAACCCAGUGGCUGGGACGAUCAUGACGGAAGUUGGUCUCUUGACCAACCUGAUAAGUUUGCAAUGGAGAGAAACAAUGACAAGAGGCACGCUUCCAACGGAGCUUGGCUUGCUCUCAAAUCAGACACGAUUUCUAUCAUUACGCACCCAGUUCUUGACAGGAACAAUCCCAACUGAGAUUGGCAGGAUGACUGCCUUGGAAUCCCUAUACCUUAAUGCGAACCAGCUCACUGGGGAAGUGCCAUCUGAAAUUGGACAGCUGACUCUUUUGGAGCGGUUCUGGGUUCGAAACAACCCAGUGGCUGGGACGAUCAUGGCAGAAGUUGGCCUCUUGACGAACAUGAUAGGUUUUGAAUGGGCAGAUACAAUGACAAGAGUUCAAAUCAACCCAGUGACUGGGACGAUCAUGACAGAAGUUGGCCUCUUGACGAACAUGAUAGAUUUUGAAUGGGCCGAUACAAUGACAGAGUUCUUGACAGGAACAAUCCCAGCUGAGAUCGGUACCAUGACUAACUUGGAAUCCCUGUACCUUGAUGACCUUUUUCUCUCGGGCACUAUUCCAAGUGAAUUUGGCAGUUUUGUCAAGAUAGAAGAACUCUUCGUGCACACCAACCAGCUCACUGGGGAAGUGCCAUCUGAGAUUGGACAGUUGACUCACUUGGAGCAGUUCUCUGUACACACCAACCCAGUGACUGGGACAAUCAUGACAGAACUCGGUCGUUUGACGAACAUGAUAGAGUUAGAUUGGGCAGAUACAAUGACAAGAGGUACCAUUCCAACCGAGCUUGGUUUGUUGACCCGAAUGACUUCUGCAUUUCUGGAGCAAAAUCUUUUUGAUGGGCAAAUUCCAUCGGAGCUUGGCUUGCUCUCAAAUCUGUCACACACUCUAUCCUUAUACACCCAGUUCUUGACAGGAACCAUCCCAACUGAAAUUGGCAGGUUGACUGAUCUGGAGUUCUUGUACCUUGAUGACCUUUUGCUCACUGGCACAAUUCUGAGUGAAAUUGGCAGUUUUGUCAAUAAUGACAACAAUCUCUGGGGGGCUAUUCCUUCAGAACUGGGAGGCUUGACUCUGUUGGAGGAUCUUUUCCUUUCAUCUACCAGCCUUUCAGGAAGUAUCCCUUCUGAACUUGGAGGCCUGUCUUCGCUGAUUUGGUUGAGUCUUCAUGACACAAACCUCAGUGGCACUGUUCCUUUAGAACUGGGAAAUGUGGCUCUGAGUGGUGUGCUUGAGAUGCUCAGUUUGAACGGGACACUUUUGACUGAUUGGAUUCCAUCUGAUCUUUGUCUGAUCCCCGAUCUGAACUUUGAUUGCUCAGAUGAUCUGUGUGGUUGUAAUUGUGUCUGCCAAUUUGGGGCUCAAGCAAGUGUUUUGGGCAGGCCUGGGAGUGCAGAGGGUGAUGCCAAAGAGCCGUAA